AUGGUUUUCUUAAUUAGCCCUUCUCAAUCUUUAACUUCACCACCACUACCACGGCCACAAUUUUUGAAACCCACCGUCGCCAACCUCACCACCACAAUCAACAACAUCAUUUCAGAAAAGCACCGUCGCCAUGCCGGAGCCGGUGGAAAAAUUUACGGAAGAUAUAAGAGUGAUCGUACAAGGCUUUGGUGGAGAGGAAGUGGUGGGAUGAGGAACGGAAAGCUUAUGAUCUCGGAGGCAAGGAGAAAUGGCGAUAGAGGAGUAAAUCGAUGGGAAAUACAUAAGGUGAUGGAAAAAUUGUUCUCAUCGGUGUAG